AUGUAUGUACAUCCAGCUAAUUACGACGAGCUGAUAGCCACUGCCAUCAGACACGCCCAGGCCGAAUUCGAAACAUACGGGGACACCCCCAGACCAGAGCUAAGAUUGUCCGCAUCGGCCUCGAUGGUCAGGGAUGAGCCACGAAAGAGGGAGUGGGUCCAUAGUCAUGAUAGGUCACCCUAUACCUCGAACAAAAGAAGCAAGGAGUCCUCAUCCAAGUCUAAUAGUUACGGGACCGCUCACCCCCAUCGGGAAUCGAGGGUACAGCAGGCCUCGCGGACACCACCACCACCCCGGUAUGAAGUAUUCACGAUCCUCAACGCUUCGUACGAGACUAUUUGGAACGAAAACAGAGAUGAGAUACCGGGACCACCCCCAAGGAAGUUCCCGAAAAGUAAACUUACCCAGCAGGAUACCGGAAAAUUCUGCACUUAUCAUGAGGAUGCUGGACACAAUACCAAUCUCUGCGUUGCUUUAAAAAAUACAGUCGAGUCCCUCAUCCAGAGGGGCAAGCUUCAACGAUACCUACCUGCCAAGGAGAUAGGAGCUGUAGACGUGUACGGCCAGAUCUUCACGAUCCACGGCGGGGGCCCGAAGGAGUUGCCUCCCAAGGGGAAGAAACGAAAUUCUAGUUUCGGCCGUCCGGAAGUUUUCAACUUCCACAAGGCCCCGCAGCAAGACGGUGGCACCAGGCGGACAUCAGUGACAUUCCUACAGGAGGAGGAAGCAGAUUUGAAGAUGCCCCAUGAUGAUCCCUUCCUAAUCACACUCCAAAUGGACCACUAUAUAAUGUCUCGGGUGCUCGUGGACACCGGGGCCUCAGUUAGCAUAUUAUUUCACGAUGCAUACAAAGCUUUGAACAGAGGAAGAGCCCAGCCGUCACAAGAUAAUGAGCCCCUCAUUAGUUUUUUAGGAGAUAUUGUCCAACCACUCGAAUCAGAUUACCUAUCGAUCACGAUAGGCGAAAGUCCAAAUUGUUCAACCAUCAAAACAGAGUUCAUCGUAGUGGACUGCGUCUCGUCCUAUAAUGCUAUCCUAGGCCGGCCGGCACUCUGGCGUCUGAAAACGUUCAUAGUAGGUCACAUGCUGAUGAUGAAAGUGCCGACCCCGGCUGGCACUGCUACGAUCCGGGGUGAUCAGGCCGCUGCGAGGAAAUGCUAUUCUCUUACUGUAUCUCGCGGUAAGGGAAAGUCUGAAAUGUUGCACGUAGCUACGAACCCUCUGAUGGAUAGGUACGAGGAUCCCAGAGAUGAUACCGGUUCAAACGAAGAACGGCCUAGUGCCGUAGAAGACAUUGAAGAGGUGGUGCUAUCAGAGCAGUUCCCGGACAAAACUGUUAGGAUUGGUACUAGGCUGUCCCCGGUUGUUAGGGAAGGGUUGAUCUCCUUUCUCCGUUCCAACACAUCCGCAUUCGCCUGGUCAUAUGAGGACAUGCCCGGUAUACCGAUGGAGAUAGCCACACAUAAUCUUAGUAUUGUUCCUUUCUCGACACCGAUAAGACAAAAGCGAAGGGCCUUCACACACGAUAAGUACCGGGCUAUCCAGGUUGAAGUAAAGAAGUUGAUAGCCAUCAACUUUGUCAGGGAAGUAACAUACCCCCGGUGGUUGGCCAACGUGGUCCUGCUACCAAAGAAAUCCCCAGGAUCAUGGCGCAUGUGUGUGGACUACACGAACCUCAACCAAGCGUGCCCCAAGGACAGCUUCCCGCUCCCGCAAAUUGACCAAUUAAUCGACUCCACUGCUGGGUACCGGUUACUCAGUUUCAUGGAUGCGUUCAGUGGAUACAACCAAAUUCGAAUGAACCCAGCAGACGAGGAGUACACUGCCUUUACCACAGACAAAGGUCUCUAUUGCUACCAAGUAUACGUGGACGACAUGCUGGUAAAAAGUUUAACUUCGGAGGAUCACGUAUCCAACUUAUCAAUCGUCUUCACCAUCAUAUUGCGCAAUGGUAUGCGGUUUAACCCACAGAAGUGCAUCUUCGGGGUCGAGGUAGGAAAAUUUCUUGGGUACAUCAUUAGCCACAGGGGAAUUGAGGCCAAUCCGGAGAAGCACGUCGAGGUAAUAUCCUGGACAACAGAACACGAGGCUGCAUUUCUUGGCCUGAAGGCAUACUUGUCAGAGGUACCUCUACUCUACAAACCGGUUCCAGGAGAAAUGCUCUACAUAUAUCUGGCGGCAUCAUCAACAGCUGUGAGCUCAGUUCUGAUUAGGAAGGACUCCGAUUGCGAGUACCCAUUGUACUAUGCUGGGAAAGGUUACACUGGUGCAGAAUCCAGGUACCCGGACAUUGAAAAAGUGGCACUAGCUCUCCUGGUAUCAACCCGGAAGCUCAGACAUUACUUCCAAGCACACUCAGUCACCAUUUACACUAAUCACCCAUUGAGGCAGGUUUUGCAGAAACCAGAGACAUCGGGCAGGUUAAUUAAAUGGGCCAUCGAGCUUGGGGAGUUCGAUAUCAAGUACCAGCCCCGGACAGAUAUUAAGGGCCAGGCAGCAGCAGAUUUUAUUUCCGAGUCAAUUCCCUCCCAUAACCCACCCCUGGAAUCACCUAAACCGCUGGCCCUAGAUCCACCUCCGCUAAGCACUUGGCGAUUAUACGUUGAUGGCGCGUCUAACAAGAAAACCAGUGGAGCCGGUAUCCUGCUAAUUAGCCGGGACGAUCAAGUAUACGAAUACGCCCUCAAAUUUGCCUUCAAAGCAUCCAACAAUGCCGCAGAGUACGAGGCACUCAUAACAGGUCUGCAGAUCACCCGGGAACUAGGGGUACAACACCUUAGUAUCUUCAGUGAUUCUCAGUUAGUCGUAAAACAGGUCAGCGGUAACUUCGAGGCAAAUGAGCCCCAAAUGUCCUCAUACCAGGCCUUAGCCCGGGCAUUAGUUCAGAGGUUUACCUCCUACAUUUUUACCCAAAUACCGAGGGCAGAAAACGACAAAGCAGACGCCCUUGCAAAGCUCGCAUCAACUUCUCCAAGCCCUACCUAUGGGGCCACUAAGGUCGAAAUACUCGCAGGACCUAGCACUUCUAAGACGGUAUCAGAAGUAUUUGCGGUGGAUCACACAACUUCAUGGAUGGACCCAAUUUUGAAAUACAUGGUCGACGGCCUGGCACCGGAUGAUAAGGUCGAGGCCAGAAGACUACAGCUAAGGUCAGCUCGAUACAUGAUCAUGAAUGGCAAACUGUACAGAAGAGGGCAUUGCUUUCCAAAUCUGAAGUGUGUAACACCGGAGGAAGGUCAAAAAAUAAUGAAGGACAUUCACGCUGGUGUAUGCGGUAACCAUGCCGGAGCCAGAUCCCUUGCACACAAGACCCUAAGGGCAGGAUAUUUCUGGCCAAACAUGUCGGCCCUGGCCCAAACAAUAUCCAGUUCGUGCCACAAAUGCCAAAUGUAUGCAAAUAUCCCAAGGGCACCGCCCAUCGCCCUUUCCAUCCUCCUUGCACCAUGGCCGUUCUGUCAGUGGGGUUUGGACUUGAUUGGUAAACUUCCCACAGUAAUGGGACAGUUCAAAUACGCCAUCGUUGUUGUGGACUACCAAACAAAGACCACGGCAACGGAGGCCACCGGAGAGACCCCUUUCUGCAUGGCUUUUGGAUCAAAAGCAGUACUACCUAUUGAAACACAAAUCCAGAGCCCCCGGAUCGAAUACUUCGAUGCGGGCACCAACUCAGAAGGCCUGCACCUCGAUGCUGAUUUACUCGAGGAACGAAGAGAUGUGGCACACAUGCAUAACUUGGCAAACAAGCGGAGGAUAGCUCGUUACUACGAUGCCAAGGUACAGUCCCGGACAUUAAAGUUGGGGGAUUGGGUCAUGAAGCAAGUCUACCCAGAGCCCCGGGGACUGGAUCCAUCCUGGACAGACCCUUACGAGAUCAUUGAAGAGGUAGGCCCCGCAACCUUUUUCAUCCGGGACAUGAACGGGGUCGUUUCCAGGCAUCCAUGGAAUACCCAGCGCCUGCGGUACUAUUACAAGUAG